AUGCAUUUGGGCAAAGCACUUCUGUUUUUCCUCCUGUUGAACUGUGUGACAAUGACUUUGUCACUAUCCACUUGCACCACUGUGGACAUAGACCACAUAAAGAAAAAGAGAGUAGAGGCAAUCCGAGGACAGAUUCUCAGUAAACUUCGACUAACCAGCCCGCCGCAAACAGUGGGUCCGAAUCAGGUACCGUUUCAGGUGCUGGCGCUCUAUAACAGUACGAAGGAGCUGAUCGAGGAGUUGGGGAGAGACAGACAGCAAAGUUGUGGACAGGAUAACACGGAGACUGAAUAUUACGCCAAAGAGAUUUACAAGUUCAAUAUGAUUAAUGGACCACCAGAAAACAGUAAGUACUGUUCAUGUAUCUAUUUUACGCGUUUUACGCAUGAAGGCCACUUUUCUAUCCAUGCCCUUUGUUCGUUUUGUCAAUAAAUCAUGAUCCUACCAAACAGCUGAUCGUGUUGCCACCGUGGCUUCUAUUAUGUUAGGUAUCCUACUGAUCAAAAGCCUGAUUAUUACAUGUAAAUAGCCAAUUUCUCCAUGUAGAAAGUCUAAGCAGUCCAGGUCUGAUGAUGCUUAAUUUCUUAAUCUGAAUGUCACAGCUGGUGAGCAGCGCAUGGAUGUAAUAUCAAUUUAUGGUGGUUUGCCAUGAAAAUGAUUGAAACUAAGCAUACCUCUCCAAUAAUGAAAUAAGACAGCAACUUUUUUUUAUAAUUUCCUGUAGAAGAAGCCAAUAAAGCCAAUUUUUGACUCCGCUUUAAAAUAUAAUUAUUCUGACUCCCCUGCAGAGUUAAGCCCCCUGUGUCCAGUUUAUUUACGUAUGUUAUACAUGUCUGUGUGCAAUGCAACUUGUCUGUGAUUUAUUUUAUAGAAUUUGUCAUUGGCUCCCUUCAACUGGCCAUAUGUUAAUUCCAGCUGAAUGAAAUUAUAAAAGCAUCCGUAGAUCUGCAGCGUAGGCUAAAUACUGUAAAAAUGUAGAGGAAAUGUUAACAAAUUAUACUAAUCAAAGAACGCAAGAACGCCUUCGCUUGGGGUGCGUUCCAUCAGCCGGAGAUGAAUUGGCCAACACAACUUAAACGCAUGGUCGCGUCUGAGCAGUGGAAAGACCACGCGCAAUGGAGAGGGCAAAGAAAACAGUCUAAUUGGAAUAAGCGCCAUUCCUCCCUCAUACCUCACUCAAAAGCCAUGGGAACUCCCAAUAGCGGACCCAGCACACGACCGUCUGAGAUUCCAUUGGAAAAAAAAAAAAAAAUUCAGGGACUCCAUCGAUUUUAGCAUUCCUCCAACCACUGCUCCAAUUAUCCUUUCUUUCCCAACUCCAAAUAUACAUUUCUCCAAAACCUUUGUUGAUACAUUGCUGAAGUGUGCACAAUACAUAAUAAAACAACGUUUUUUUUUUUUAUUGGCACUAUUUAAAAGUUCAAACACAGCUAAUUCAGCUGCAGAUUGGCUUGUGCACUAGAGCAAAAUUGCUCAUCCCAAUUACCUGUAUAAACCGCCCACAACUGAUUGUUCCAGUCUGAUCAGAGUGAGAAGUUUAUUGGAAGCUUCUCUCUCUAUUGCAGUGAAUUUUCUCAGGAAGGGAAUUGUUUACUAAGUGGAAGACUUGGAAGCAGUCCUAUUCACUGUUCAGGGGCUGGAUCAUUGCAUCAUGUUACUGCUUUAAGAUCAACAUGGCAGGUGUUUCAUGCUAUUCAAAGACAGAGCAGAGCUUCCUCUGGCAACAGCUCAGGCCCCUGUGUCAAAUCUGUUUAUUGGGUCCCACGAGUGCUUCUGACUCUCAAAAUAAUAACUACUACAACCACCUUGGUCUAGGGGUGUAGGGACAGGUGCUCUUUACUUGUCAGUGUUCCAAUUAUUUGUCUUUUUAUCUAAACAAGCAAACACCAUCAGAUCAAAUUCAUAGCAAGCAAUGCACUGGGUUAGUCAGAUUUAUAUAUAACAGAACAGAUGACCUGGAAUGACAUUCACUCUCACAGGAUGGGUUGCCCAAAAAAACGAACUGAAAGCCACAUCCCUAAUAAGCCACGAAUAUGACUUCAUUGAGGCAUGUCACAGUGCUUCUAUGGCUAUAUACACCAUGCCAUUGCCUAUUUAAUUUGUUCAUUUAGCAAACAAGACAGCUCAUAAUCCAGUGCCUUUAUCACAGUCAACUCACCUAUAUUUUGUCUUUAAUUAGCUUUAAAAAUGCAAAAUAAAAAUAUCAGCCUCAUGGCAAAAUGUGUAAAAUAGCAUGAGAUGAGCUAUAAAACUGCACAUUUUCCUCUCUGCCCCAUGGCAAAAUGUGUAUAAUUGUAGGAAAUUAGCUUUAAAACAGCAACAUUUUCUCUCAGCCUCAUGGCAAAAUGUGUAGAAUAGCAUGAGAUUAGCUAUAAAACUUCAAAAUUUUCUCUUUGCCCCAUGGCAAAAUGUGUACAAUUCCACGAAGAUAGCUGCUUUUUGGAGCCCACCCACAUUUCUGCAGGCCAACCCACCAACACAUUUCUGGCUACGCCACUGCCUUGGUCAGAGUCCGCAAAACAAACAGAGGUCUGAUGUGUGGGCUGUGGGCUGCACCAGUCAUGGCCAGGAGCCCUAGUCACAUCACCCUGUCAGUCAUGAUCAAAGUAAAUAAACAGGGCCUAUAGGCCACAGUUGUCACUCAUUGGCCAAGGAACUAGACUAAUUAUUUUUCAUACACUUACGUAAAUGUAGCCUACAAUGCACUUUUUGUACUGUUUAAAAAAAAAAAUCAUUUUCUUUGUUAAUGUCCAGCUACACCCUCUAGAGUAGAUUGUAAGGGAGGGAGAAUGUUUGUCCCCUCAUUAACAAGGCCUGCAGUGUUGUCGAAUAACCACUUUUCUCUUCCCUUCACUUUCCAUUAAGUCAUUUUCAUAAGAAGUGUAAUGUCUGUCACCAAAAUUAAAUUUUAUUGGUCACGUAUUAUGUUCCUAGCUCCAACAGUGCAGUAAUAUCUAACAAUACAAAACAAUACAUGCAAAUCCCCCCCCCCAAAAAAGAAAGGAAUUAAGAAAUAUUAGAACGAGCAACCACGGUAAUACAGUAAGGCAUAUUUUAAAUCCAUUUCCAUAAUCUAAUGGGUUAUACAUACACUCUCUUUGGAAGGUGGGAAUGUCUUGGAUUAUAGUCAGAUUGGUGCUUUUUCACUCUUUUUAUUAUUCAGUUACAGGGCUGUGUAAGACGAAGCAGAGACUUUCCCUCCCAGACUCAUAUGCUUUAAUAGCUAGAAUAAUUUUCCAAAAUACUCAUGGUACCGCUAGUUAGGUGUCUCUGAAUAUAAACAGUGUUUAUAAACAGUAAAGCUGUGGAUAUGACAAGUGCAGAUGGUAGCCAUUUGGCAAACACUGGUAGAGGAGCCAAACUAAUGACACAAGGGCCAAGCGUCUCCAUAAUCCACAACACUCAGUCCUAGGUUUGGUUUGGGGAAUGAACUCCAGUUGUACUCACUCCUCCACAUAUAUUAGCACUCAUUCAUUGUCUUUAUGUUUGCUUUUGACUAGUAAGUCUGUCCAAAGACAACCAUUGAACCAUCUAAGAAAACCACCUGUUGGCUCUCAUAGCUGAAAAUUAGGCAGAGACAGGUUUCUUUAGAAGAAAAGCUUGUAGUGAGUGGUCGGUCUGGCAUAUGGCAAUCAUUGAUUCAACGUCGGGAGGAAAGGAGAAAUAUGUGGACCGGCGCUGAGGACAGCAGUGUUUCUGAUAUAUGGAAUGGCAGAAAAGUGAUGUCAUCCCAGGCAAACAGACACAGAGUUCCCCCCCCCCCCCCCGCCCAGCCAUUUUCCCCUCUUCAUCCUUGAUCAAGUGGAAAAAAGCUGUCUUACUUCAGCAGAGAACUCCAUCACAUUAUCUCAUCUAACGCAGUCAGCCAGUCAGCCAAAGGAUCCAUGUGUAGAGACUUACUCAGGACAGGAGGGCUUGAAAUGGAGAGGAUUGGCUUGGUCCACACUAGAGCAUUGUGUUUAAAUGAUAGUACCUCACACAGGUGAUCAAAUCUUUGACAAAACAGUAUGUUUUUAUGGGCAUGAUCAGUACUUCAGUUGCAAGAAUUGGAUUUGGAUUGGAAUUUACUGCUCAAGUUAUUAAGUUUAGUCAUCUGGAGGUAGCUAUAUUAUUUUAUUGACAGAUUAGAAAGCAUGAUUGGUUACUUAUUUUUUAAAGAUGGAAACGUUAGUUGAAAAAAUGCUAAGUAAUAUUUAUGGCCUUCUGGAUAAGCCAGAUAAGUCUUAUAAGAUUAGUUUGAUAGGUCAUUUAAAUAUACUAGAAUACCCGUUUUUGCAGCACCGUUGCCAUUUUUCACUGGUAAACGAGGUCCAGACUCCUCAGCAGCUGACCAGCACCUGCUUUCUAUGCUCCCCAUUUCCUUUGUUUACCUUCACAUAGCUCCCUGCUUUGGAGAGACUGACAUCACGGCACUGGGAACAGGCUGAUUGCUGGGAUUGUUUGAUGGGAGCUUCUGUGUGAUGUCACCUACCAGGGCAGGGAGAGGAGAGGAGCUAGCGUGGUGGGGCAUCACAGACACAGGAAGCAGAAGGGUGAGGGUGGAGGGUGGAGGGGGGCGUAGGGGGAGCAGUGUCUGUCUGGGGUGGAAGCUUUAUGAGAAGCUUUAGAGCAGAGAUAUUCAAAGUCUGGCCCUACGCGUUCAUAUGUGGAGGGUUUCACUACUGUUGCAACCCUUACCUAAUACUCUUCUAUUGACCUAGAACCCUCAAACUCAACUCUGGACCUCUAAGCCAGUUCCACUGCAUUUCUUCAUUGUCCCCCCUAAUCAGGGACUGAUUUAGACCUGGGACACCAGGUAGGUGCAAUUCAUUAUCAGGUAGAACAGAAAACCAGCAGGCUCCGGACUUCGUAGGGUAAGAGUUGAGUACCACUGACUUAGAACAUAAAUAUAUCUGGUCAACUGCUCAACAUUUUGACUACAUCACACUUCUGUCAAGGUGUUGGUGGAUGGUUUCCAACUGGUCCUCAGAAGUCAGCUUUCUCAGCUCCACAGUCUGGACUCCAUGGAAGUCAUUGCAGACACACAGCCACAGAAAAGAGAAAGGUUACAAAAAGCAGGACCUCAGUUUCAGUCCCUUGAGAAAAGUGGGAGAGGUGUUUGUACCACUUCAUGUUAAGUGCCUUGAAAACCAUGUAUUUACAUAGUAGUUACAUAGGCAGGUGAUUACACUAUAAUUACAGUGUAGAUAUACUUGUCGGUUCAUAUUAAGUGCCAUUCAUAUUACAGUGUAGAUUCAUAUUAAGUGCCAUGAAAACCAUAUAUUUACAUAGUAGUUACAUAGGCAGGUGAUUACAGUGUAGAUACACAAUUCUACAUAGUACUUAGUUUGUAGUAUGUAACUGUGAUACCUGUUUGUGGUUUGUGUCAUUACACACAGGUGUUAUUACAUAUAUUAUUUUUGCAAACAGACACAUUUGGUCAGCUACAAAGUUACUAUUUUCACAAUUUUCACAAUGAAUCUCGAAAGAACAGUGAACAACCUUGAGAAAUGGGGAGGGCUACAAUGUAAUAAAAGUUUGUCGCAUUGACAAAUAAUCUAUUUUGAGGGCCCAGAGAAGCUCUUUGGGACAUGUUUUGGUUGUUCCAGAUAAAGUUCAGGUCAAGAUUCCGCUGAUAUCAGCAUCCUCAUGCUGCUGAACCAGAUCUGAUAAUGGAGAGGAGAGAGACUGUCAAUUAGCCUGCUGUGUAUUUCACUCUAAUUAUACUAGCAAUCCCCUGCACUCACAGCCAUGGAACAUAUUACCUUCAGACCCUUGGCAAAAAUAAGACUUAAUGUGAAAUCCACCUAAAACCACUGCAAUGGGAAAAAUUAGGUCAUCCAAAAGGAAACCAAAGACUUGAUUAGAAUUUCAAAUCUCCUCUCAAAGUGGGGCUUUCCACCUUCUGUGGGGGAGACAGAGGGACACAGGAGAAGAGAGAGAAAGGGUGUGUGGGACAGGCCAAGGGAGUACUCAGCCCUUAUAGAUUGUGAGGAAGCACAGGACAGAUAUUUGGCUGGGGGUGAAGAGUCAAGACUGAAAAGGUCACUUGAAAAAAACAGUCAAUGGAAAUAUUGGAUAAUGGCAAAGCCACAGUGGAAUAGGAUUAUGGGUCAUAGGAAGUUUAGGUAGACGUGUAAGCUCACAAUCCAUUAUACACAAACAUCCUUCUCCAUUGUUAUAAACAGAUCAAAGGUGCAAUGUCCUUGUUAACCACCACCAGCGAAUCACAGGGUCUCUAUUAAAGCUCAGGCUUGGGGUAAUAACUUAGCGAUGGCUUGGCUGUAAAUGAGUGUUUCCACUUUGCUCGUAAAAUGCUUGCCGUGUUCUUGUUUUGCUCAACAGUUUUGCUCAACACUGCAUGCGCUCGGCCUGUUAAAAUAAUAAACGAUUCAAUGGUAUUUUGGGUUGGAAAAAAAGAAAACGCUUCCUUGACUGGCAGUGCAACAGGAAGUAUUUCAGAAGAGGGCCAUCGAGAAGUGUUCUGUGGCUGUUACUGUAACUACUGUACUGUACUACUGAAGCGGCGUUCACUGUCUGCCUUACACAACCACACCACACAGGUUGACAGGGCUUGUUCCCCUUCCAAUUCAUUACUCAAUUGAUGGCUAAGAGAACCUUAAGGUGCUACUCUCAGUUAUACACUCAGCCCCUCUGACAAACAGUCACCAAAGGACUGUCUCUCUCCCUUACAACACAUCAAUUGAACUCGUGUUCUGUAUUUACCUGCAUGUGAUUGCACAUGUUGUGAGCUGAGCUGGUUGGUUGGUUGUUCCAGAGAAUGCUUGGCUUCUGUCCUAGCUUUCUGAGCACCUGUUGAGCUCUGGAUCAGGAGGGAGGGAGGAGGAGCACCCUGCCAUCUUAGACCAGCCUGUUCAGUUCCACCAACACAUGGGGUAUUUGGUUUUCAUUUCAUGACUUCAACUUGUUGCUAACUCGGACUGCACAAAGCAUAAACAGAUGGCCCAAAGCUUAGUUUUAUUCACUGGCAAUGGUUGGAGAAUGGUUAACUGUAUUUUUUCUGUUGUGAUGAACAUUUGUUUAUAGUGUCAAACACUACGAAAUGCAGAAGAUAUAGAUAUUUCAAUACAGAGUUUAGGCUGUGGACAGAGUGAGGACUUUAGUCACAGUCCUGCUGUGUGUAAGCAGGGAGGAUUACAUCAUUAGAGUUGUGUUUUAAGGUGGCUCACCUUGUCUCUGUAUCCUGCUCUGCAGAUGACCUUCCCUACUGCCCCAAGGGCAUCACCUCCAAGGUGUUUCGCUUCAAUGUCUCGGCCAUGGAGAAGAACUCCACCAACCUCUUCAGAGCCGAGUUCCGAGCCCUUCGUGUCCCCAACUCUAGUGCCAAGAGGAACGAGCAGAGGAUUGAGCUCUACCAGGUGUGUGAAUGUACUAUUUAAUUCCCACUGUACUCAAGCAUGCAGGGGGGGGGGGGGGGGGGGGGGGGGUAGUGAUCCAAUUCUCCCAUAUGGCUCAAUGCACAUGGGAUAGUGUUGGUCUACAUGGAAAGAAGAAAACAUUUAUAUAGGUCCCCUAAUUCCUCUCUCCGCUUUUUAAGUGAUGAUCAUUAUUCCAUGUGCCUGAAGUCAAAUGGAUUCUACAUAAGUACAUUUGUAAAAAUUUAAGAGCGUGCUACAGCAGACUCUGAGAAACUCUAGAUUACCGUUUUGCAAUCUCUCCUUUCACAGCUGUCAAUCUCCGAACUUUUGUCCAACCACCCUUUUUUCAAGUUCAGUUAGAUGUUUUCAACAGGGGAUUCAGACAUCUGCACCUGGAUUUGUGUGUUUAUAUGAUGUGUGUUUCUGAGUGGUUUGUGUGUGUCCAUGGAUUGUGGGGUGUAUGUGGAGUGGCGGGGAUGGAUCUUUGCUCGGUUUCCUCAUUAAUCUCCAGUAAGAGACUGGGAGCCAUGAUCAGGUGCCAACAUUUCCUGCCAGGGAGACAAGCGCCUCCGGCCCGCAUACCGCCUCUGAGGCGGGCUCUGCUCAAGCCAGGGCCGAGCUCAGCUCAGAUUGACUAGGGGGAUUAAAUGGAGCGGUGCCCCCACACAUAGCUGGGAGCUGAUUGGCAGGGGCUGGCACUGGCCGCCCUCUCUCGCUGGGUCCCCUGUUUCCACAGGAAGCCAGAUUAGAUGCUGACAAUGUUCAGGGACCUGGUUAUCCAGCCUGCUGUGGGGCUAGGUGCUGCUGUGGCGCUGAGCCCCCCACUUCACUGGCCUCUACCUGUUCACAGAAACCUUAGGUGUUGUUUAAAGUGUGGAUCUCUACAUUCUAUGCCUCAGUUUGAGACGUAAAGUACACUUUCAUGCUGGUAUACAGCACAUACUCAGAGACGCUCAGAGAUCUGAAUCAAUGGCGUCUCUAGCAACAUAUGCAGUGCCUCAUCCUGACUAGACCAGUGUUAGGAAACCCAAAAUGUUGAGAGCCCAAUUGUUUGAAAUGCAGAUGGGAGGGACAGCCAGGUUCUCAUUGGCAGUACAGCUACACACAGGCAUUAACUUGCAAAAUGGGGAUAUCAACACAGGGAGUCACUUUUUCCGUGAGGAGAAGACGUUUGGCCCAGGGCAUCCUGUAGUGUCUGGCUCAGGCAGCGCUGGCUGGGUUGCCGUCUGGUGUGUGUGUGUGUGUGUGUGUGUGUGUGUGGGAGAGAGAGUGAGCAUAUGCAGCUGGGUCACUCUCUUACCUCUGGCUGGUAGAUCCUGCGGCCAGACGACCACAUAGCCAAGCAGCGCUACAUCGGGGGCAAGAACGCCCUGACCAAAGGAAUGCCAGAGUGGGUCUCCUUCGAUGUCACAGACACAGUCAGGGAAUGGCUCAUGUACCGAGGUGAGUGGACCAAAGCCCUAAUGGUCCCUGUCUCAUACCAUAUGUUGCAUAUCAAAGCAUGAGCAAAGGGUAUUUUGAAGCUCAAGUUCAUUUGGACAAAGAAAAAUGGCCUCAAGUUAAAUACCACUUCCUCUUUUUCCCCUCAGAGACCAACCUCGGCCUGGAGAUCAGUGUGCACUGUCCCUGCCACACCUUCAACCCCAAUGGUGACAUUAUCGAAAACGUCAACGAGGUGCUAGAUGUCAAGUUCAAAGGUAAGAUGACACGAGGUGCCUCAUUUUGUAUGAAAAUCAUUUUGGCCUUUUCCACUGCUCAUCACAGCCCCUCUUUCUUUCCGUACGAGCUCUGAUUUAGGAAAAUACCCUCUGAAGUCUUAUCCAGUGGGCCUCAAUGGUUGAUAGUUAUUUGGCACUUUUUUUAUAUGAGAGAGAGAGCGGGAGAGAGAGACAGAAAAUAUCAUGGGAAUACCAUUGGUCUGGUAUCUCACUUAGCAUUGGGGCCCCCUGGUCCUGGGAACGCUCCCCUGACUGGCUUGGCCACAAGGAAUGUGCUUCCACGGCGCUCAGAUGCUUGGCCCCGAAUUAAGAGGGGCGUCCGUAUCCACCGGCAGCGUCUCUCCUGAGAUCUCUACUGCUUUUGCUAUCAGGGGCAGAUUGGAUGAGCAGACACUAACCCAGGGGGAGGACAGAGGGACCAGCUCUGACUGGUGGAGGUGGAGGAGGAGUGGGGUUGAGUGGGUGAUGUCUGAAGUCCAGCCUCUCACCAGUGAAGACAAUGCUUUUAAAACGUUACAGAAAGCACUAUGACUAAAACAGCAGUGAUUAAUACAAAUUCUGUAUAACUGACUCAAUCAGACACACUCAUGCACAAUUCUGUUGAAAUAUUUGGGUUAACAUUUGAACUGAACUUUGUUUUCUAAUGGACUAGGACUGCACUUCAGCUUGAAUUAACAAAAUUAUCCAAUUUUGUCCAAUUUGAAUAUGGAAUAUUGCAAUGGAAUGGUCUUGGCCUAUGUACCGUUUCAUCCACUGAUGACACUUACCUCUGAAACACCUGACGUUCCUGUAUCUUCCUCCUGUAGGUGUGGAGGGUGACUACGAUGAGAGCCGCUGGGACCUGGGCAGCAGACUGAAGAAGCAGAAGGAGCAGCUCUUCCCUCACCUCAUCCUCAUGAUGCUGCCUCCUCACAGGCUAGACGCCCAGUCCUCAUCCCGCAGACGCAAGAGAGCCCUGGACACCAACUACUGCUUCUCGUAAGUAACCACCUCACUCUAGUAAUUCAAUCUCGAUUUUAGAGUGCAUGUCAUAUAUUUAGAUGAUAACUUGCUGCAGGAUGAGUAGCCACAUUUGUGUCCAAUAGAUGAAUAGCCACUAAUUACUCCUGUAAGAAAUAUAGUAGGUCAAGGUGGAUCUCAAAUGGCAAUGUGUCUUCUCUCAUUUCUAAUUUACUUGGCAGAGGAGCGUUAAGCAUACUAAUAAGCUGGUUCAUUUGCUAUCAGAUAGUCUCUGGCAUUGCAGAGGCAUUACAAGUCGAGAUCUGUCCCUGUAUUAAAGUGUACAGCAGCUACCUCCUUCCCCUCUCUUACACACUGUCUCCUCUCUUCCACUCUGGAAUCCCUCUGUCAGUCUGACUAACAGCAGUAAGACACCUGGGCUGCCUCCAAGAGUGAAAUAAGGACACACCUUCCAGUGGUAUUUCUGGGCUUCUCAGACUGCAUGCAUGUAGUGAAAUGUACCCAACUUGGAAAUAGAGUGUUUCUCCUUCAGGUAAUGUAUUUAAUUUCUUCAUAAAGAUCACUCUCUCUCCCCUGCCUGCUGUAGCAACUAUGAGGAGAACUGCUGUGUGCGACCCCUCUACAUUGACUUCCGCCAGCACCUGGGCUGGAGGUGGAUCCACGAGCCUAAGGGAUACUAUGCUAACUUUUGCUCCGGGCCCUGCCCUUACCUACGGAGCGCAGACACCACACACAGCUCGGUGAGACACAACUUGUACACCACUAAUGACUCAUUACCCUGUGUUACAAAUAAUUAUUACCACACAAACACUAACUGACACAAUGGAAUGCAGGCACUUACAAGCAUGCAUGUUGGCACACCUAAACAGACAACACUCACCUAGACACUCUUACAAUCUGAUACCCUGCGCCUUCCCAUGCCAAUAUGACCAAAUACCAACCCAUAGUUCAUCAUCACAUUUCCCAGUCUUAGUGCAACUUGUAUAUCUAACUUAAAAGUCUAACUCAUUUUUUAUCGAAAUGAAAGGAAAAACAUAGAUUUUUGUAGUGAUUGUCCCUGGUCUGACAUCCCCUCCCUUCCUCCAUCCCUCCGUAGAUGCUGAGUCUGUACAACACCCUGAACCCUGAGGCAUCUGCCUCUCCCUGCUGUGUGCCUCAGGACCUGGAGCCCCUCACCAUCCUCUACUACGUGGGCCGCACCCCCAAGGUGGAGCAGCUCUCCAACAUGAUCGUCAAGUCCUGCAAGUGCAGCUAA